AAACAAACAACAACAAGACCUGUUAUUACAGCAACAAAAGCAUCUAUAGCUCGUGCCAAAGCAGUCAAUGCCCAAUUAACAGGUCAAGGAUCUGUAGAAAAAAGAAAACGACCGAUGAAAGAAUCAUUAACAAAUUCAUAUAAAACAACAGCUGCAGGUCUUAAAGAGAGACCAUCUUGGGAUAUAAGAGGAAAAAUGAAAGAUAUGGCUGAGCUUUAUGAAAUGAAUGCUCAAAGAUUGGAAGAAUUAAACAAGCAUAAAAGAGAACAAGAAAUCUUGCGAGAUGAAAAAGAAUCACAAGAGAAAGAAACGUUACAAAAAGCGGCAGCGCUAAGAACACAAAUCCAAGAAAUGGAAAGACAACAUUCAAUAAAUAUUGAAAAUCUACAUUCUCAGCAACGUAUUGAAUAUCAAAGAUUAGAGGAUGAUAAUUUAAAUUUUUCAAGACGAUUGACAACGAUAGAAAUUGAAGUUAGAGAUGCAAAGAAUCGAUCGGAUUAUGAGCUUAAACGGUUAGAUCAGAUUAAAGAAGAGAAUCAAUCUUUGAAAGAUUUAAAUGGGUUAUUUUCAACCAAGAAAAAAGAAUUAGAACAUAAAGAAAAUCAGGUUAAAAAACUAGAUGUAAAAAUAGAAGAAUUAAAACAUCGAUUAACAGAAGGAAAUAAAGUACAUGAAAGAAUAUUGAAUAAGAUUAAGGAAUUAGAAACAAAAAAGAAA